GGAAACGUGAAGUCACUGCUGGCGGAACUCAACUGGAAGUAGCUAAAUGCUAACUACACUGCACUGUUCGAUGGGAUCGAGCUACUUUGAGGUUUAAACUAAAUCGUUUGUUUAAAAGUGCUGACGUUUGUGUCGCUGUUUUUUAAAAGGUUGACUCCCCUGGUCCACUUGAUCUGUGUGUGUGUGUGUGUGUGUGUGUGUGUGUGUGUGUGUGUGUGUGUGUGUGUGUGUGUGUGUGUGUGUGUGUGUGUGUGUGUGUGUGUGUGUGUGUGUGUGUGUGUGUGUGUGUGUGUGUGUGUGUGUGUGUGUGUGUGUGUGUGUGUGUGUGUGUCUGUGUGUGUGUGUCUGUGUCUGUGCCCGCGCGCGCGGGUCUGUGCACCUUGCCGUGGUCCUCAGUCUCUGUGGUGGGGUUGACCCUGGCUUUGUGCCAGUCCUCUGUAGAUGAAGAUGUCCCUGGCCCAGCGAGUGCUCCUCUCCUGGAUCUUCGCACUGAUCUUCCUCAUCAUGCUGGUCCUAAAGCUGGACUCCAAGAUCGACUGGAACUGGUUUCUCAUCUUCCUCCCUGUGUGGACGUUUGACACCAUCCUCAUCCUAAUGCUAAUUGUGAAGAUGGCGGGGCGCUGCAAGCCGGACUGUGACCCCCGGGAUGGUGAACAGAGCCUCAAGAGGAAGCUGUGGUACCUGACAGCCCUGCUGCUGAAGCUAGCAUUCUGUCUGACACUGUGCUCCCGCCUAGAGAGGCUCACUGAAAUAUGGGUCAGUUUGGUGUGUAUCCCUCUGUGGGUCCUUAUGGGUGGAGCACUGGUGGAGCUGGGACACAAUGUUUUCCACUACAGGAGGGAAUGAACCACAGGACUUUGCAAUACAAGGCUUUUGUAAAGUAAUGUAAAGUAAGGGAGAACAUUUUUAUGCUCAAGCAUGUCUCGCUUGGGAUGCACCAAUCUGAUUCACGAGAUGUGUAUCAGGGCCAAUACUGACCCUUAUUAAGUGGGCCGGUAUCAAUCAGACAUAUCGGCAUUCAAUACAGUUAUUUGUCAAUGUCGUUCACAGUCUCUGCUGUAAGUUACAAAUUAUUUAAAUCACAGCAGGUUGCAGACUCAAGUGUGGUAGCGAUCCCAGCAGGUUGCACAUUUUUCCACCGUGAGUUUUCACAAAGUGUGGUUUACAGGCUUGGAGAUUUCAUGUACACCAGUCCACAGUUUUGCAUCUUUAGCAUAAAUCCAGCCUUAGCAUUGUUUUGGUGAUCACAUUACUGCCUUAUUGCUGGUGUUGAGGUUGCAGAAUUGGAUGAACAAGGUCUAGGAUGAUAAUAACAAGUAUAAGAUGAACCUGUACUUUCACACGACACUGGGUUUAAGAGUUAAAGCCAAGCAAAUUAAGACACAUGAUGUACCAUGGUGAUCCAAAAAAACAGUCACUUGCUACACUUAAUGUAAACACUAACCCAAUCUGCGCUACCAUACACUGUGUGCCACUGAGCCAUGCUACUACAUGUGUUGUAUGACACUAUUUGAAUGUAAAACCAUUAACAUCCUCAAAUAUAAAUGUACUGUUGAAGCACCUAGGAUUGAUCCAAUAUCCUCAUCUCGAGACCAAAUACUCCUGAAGGGCCAGUGUGGAGUAUUUAGAGGGAUUUCUUAGCCUAAAGGGAAUAUAGCAUUCAUUCGUUUGUUUUCAUUAGUGUAUGAUCCCCUAAACCUAAGUUACUAUGUUCUUGACGGCCAUCAUAGUUCUGACACGCUUGUGCAGCUGUAGUAACAUCGCCUGAAUUUGAUUGCUUUUAAAGUAAUUAGUUAGGAUGGCCUCUGAGCCAGGUCAAGACAAUUAAAGAUACCUUAUUAUCAGUUUUGCACUUAGCGGCUCGUUACUACAGCCUUGUAAAGGGAGGGAAACCCGCAACACUAGAUGCUGCCAAAUCCUACACGCUGUCGCUUUGAGCAGCCAGAACGACUUGUACUGAAAGCUUUAUGGUAUCAAAUGCAGGAAAGUCUUCGACAGUCAUUAUUUUUGAACCAUUUAUUGAGAGGUUCUGAUCAGAGUAUAAAUCACACUACCAAGUCUUAUCUUAGGAAAUAAAAUGUAUUUACAACAACAUUUUCACAUAUUGGUUUCAAAUAAAAACAGACAAUAAAUGAUAUAAAUAAGUUCUAUGGAAAAUAAAACUUGUCUUACAAAAAAUA